CGAGAGCGCGGACAUGGCGCUGCCGCCGCCUCCCGCCGCCCCCGGCCCGGCCCGAUGCCGCCGCCGCCGCGUCUGUUUCUCCGGACCCCUCCUUGGCCGCCGCGCUCCGACGCCCUCCAGCUCCUGAACCCUCCCCAGAACCACCUCCACCACCACCACCUCCACCUCCACCUCCACCCCCGCCAUGGUGCCGCCCCCGCCGUGCUGACCGCGUCGCCGCGCCCGUCGCCAUGCUGCCGCCGCCAUGAUGAUGGCCCGCAAGCAAGAUGGCCGCGUGCCCACCUACACGGUCAGCGUGGUGGGGCUGUCGGGCACCGAGAAGGAGAAGGGCCAGUGCGGCGUCGGCAAAUCCUGCCUGUGCAACCGCUUCGUGCGGCCCGGCGCCGACGACUUCCACCCGGAGCACACCUCGGUGCUCAGCACCAGCGACUUCGGCGGCCGCGUGGUCAACAAUGACCACUUCCUCUACUGGGGCGAGGUGGCGCGCGCCCUGGAGGAGUGCGCGGAGUGCCGCGUGCACGUGGUGGAGCAGACGGAGUUCAUCGACGACCAGACCUUCCAGCCGCACCGCAGCACGGCGCUGCAGCCCUACGUCAAGCGGGCGGCGGCCACCAAGCUGGCGUCGGCCGAGAAGCUGAUGUACUUCUGCACCGACCAGCUGGGCCUGGAGCAGGACUUCGAGCAGAAGCAGAUGCCCGACGGCAAGCUGCCGGUGGACGGCUUCCUGCUGUGCGUCGACGUCAGCCGCGGCAUGAACCGCAACUUCGACGAGCAGCUCAAGUUCGUCUCCAACCUCUACAACCAGCUGGCCAAGACCAAGAAGCCGGCGGUGGUGGUGCUGACCAAGUGCGACGAGGGCGUCGAGCGCUACAUCCGCGACGCGCACGCCUUCGCGCUGGGCAAGAAGAACCUGCAGGUGGUGGAGACCUCGGCGCGCUCCAACGUCAACGUCGAGCUGGCUUUCGGCACGCUGGUGCAGCUGGUGGACAGGAGCAGGGGCAAGGCCAAGAUCAUCCCCUACUUCGAGGCCCUCAAGCAGCAGAGCCAGCAGAUCGCCGCCGCCAAGGACCGCUACGAGUGGCUCGUCGGCCGCGUCGUCAAGAGCCACCACGAGCUGUGGCCCGACGUCAGCCGCAAGAUGACGGCGGCGCCCGAGUACCAGGACUACGUCUACCUGGAGGGCACGCAGAAGGCCAAGAAGCUCUUCCUGCAGCACGUGCAGCGCCUCAAGCAGGAGCACGUCGAGCGGCGCCGCAAGCUCUACCUGGCCCUGCUGCCCCAGGCCUUGGACGCCCUGGUGCCGGAUCUCGACGAGAUCGACCGCCUGAGCCGCGCCAAGCUCGAGAAGCUCCUGGAGGCCAAGCCGGACUUUCUCAAGUGGUUCGUGGUGCUGGAGGAGACGCCGUGGGACGCCACCGGCCACGCGGACAGCGCCGACGACGAGCGCAUCCCCUUCGACCUGCUGGAGACGCCGGCGGCCGAGCAGCUCUACGAGGCCCACCUGGAGAAGCUGCGCAACGAGCGGAAGCGCGCCGAGAUGAGGAGGGCGUUCCGCGAGAACCUGGAGAGCUCCCCCUUCGUCACGCCCGGCAAGCCCUGGGAGGAGGCCAGGAGCUUCAUCAUGAACGAGGACUUCUACCUGUGGCUGGACGAGUCGGUCUACGUGGACAUCUACGGCAAGCACCAGAAGCAGCUGAUCGACAGGGCCAAGGAGGACUUCCAGGAGCUCCUCCUGGAGUACUCGGAGCUCUUCUACGAGCUGGAGCUGGACGCCAAGCCCAGCAAGGAGAAGAUGGGCGUCAUCCAGGAGGUGCUGGGCGAGGAGCAGAGGUUCAAGGCUCUGCAGAAGCUGCAGGCGGAGCGCGACGCCCUCAUCCUCAAGCACAUCCACUUCGUCUACCACCCCACCAAGGAGACGUGUCCCAGCUGCGCCGCCUGCGUGGACGCGCGCGUGGAGCGGCUGCUGAGCUCGCGCUUCCUCCGCCGCCGCCGCGACGACGCCGCCGACGCCGACGUCGACCGCAUCAACCUGGUCAUCCUGGGCAAGGACGGGCUGGCGCGCGAGCUGGCCAACGAGAUCCGCGCGCUCUGCACCAACGACGACAAGUACGUCAUCGAGGGCAAGAUGUACGAGCUGGCGCUGAGGCCCAUCGAGGGCAACGUGCGCCUGCCGGUCAACGCCUUCCAGACGCCGACCUUCCAACCGCACGGCUGCCUCUGCCUCUACAACUCCAAGGAGUCCUUGUCCUACGUGGUGGAGAGCGUGGAGAAGAGCCGCGAGGCCGCCGCCGGGCGCCGCGACGGCCCGCUCGCCCGGCUGCCGCUGGCGCUCGUCUUGGUCAACAAGCGCGGCGGCGGCGACGCCGGCGGGGAGACGCUGCAGAGCCUGAUCCGGCAGGGCCAGCAGAUCGCCGGCCGGCUGCGGUGCGUCUUCCUGGACCCGGCGUCGGCCGGCAUCGGCUACGGCCGCAACAUCAACGAGAAGCAGAUGGGCCAAGUCCUCAAGGGCCUGCUGGACGCCAAGCGCGGCCUCAACCUGGCGGUGGCCUCCAGGGAGGCGUCGGACGGCGCCGACCUGCGCGUGGCCGUGUGCCUGAUGUGCGGCGACGCGGCGGGCGCCGACGACGUCCUGGCGCCCAUCCUGCAGAGCCAGGCGUGCCGGCCGGCGCCGGGCGGCGGCGCCGCGGUGCUGCUGGAGACGCCGGUGGGGUCGCAGCGCAGGAAGGUGGAGCUGUCCCUGCUCUCCUACCACGCGUCCUUCGGCUCCAGGAAGAACCGCCUGGUGCACGGCUACGUCGUCUUCUACGCCGCCAAGCGCAGGGCGUCCCUGGCCACCCUGAGGGCGUUCCUGGCCGACGUGCGGGACGUCGUCCCCGUCCAGCUGGUGGCUUUGGCCGACGGUCCCGCCGAGCUCCUGGAGGACGAGGUGAGCCGCGAGCAGCUGGCCGAGGGCGAGGAGAUCGCGCAGGAGAUCGAGGCGCGCUUCGCCGCCUGGCCGUGCGGGCCGGGGGGAGCCCAGAGCAAGCUGGAGCUCUUCCAAGCCUUCUUCAAGGACGCCCUGGACAAGAAGAACGUGGUGGAGGCCGCGCACACGUACGACGGCGCCGCCGAGGCCUGCGGCGCCGCCGAGGACGUCUUCGGCUCGCCGCGCGCCGGCUCGCCGCUCGGCAACUCCAACCCGGCCGACUCCGAGGAGGACCCCGAGCCCCCGGCCGGCUGCAGCCCCUUCCGCGAGGAGCCGCCCAAGGAGCUCUCCAAGCUCUCGGCGGAGCUCGAGGGCAACGACGGCCUCGGCUUCCUCUCGGCGCCGGGCGCCUACGACGGGAGGCCCGCCAAGGUCCCGCCGCCGGUGAAGCCCAAGCCGCCGCCGCACUCGGACGCCAAGGGCGACCUCGGCCACGCGGAGCAGAGCCGCCAGCGCGGCGAGCCGCGGCGGCGCUCGGCGUCCUCGUCCCCGUGGCCGCCGCCCGACUGCUUCGACCCCUCCGACUACGCCGAGCCGGCGGACGCCGUGGCCAAGCCGCGCGGCGACGAGGAGAACAUCUACUCGGUGCCGCACGACAGCACCCAGGGCAAGAUCAUCACCGUGAGGAACAUCAACAAGGCCGCCUCCAACGGCGGCGGCAACGGCUCCGACAGCGAGAUGGACUCGGGCUCCCUGGAGCGCGCCCGCGGGCCGCCCCGCGCCGCCCGGCCCACGCUGUACCGGGCGCGCUGCGCGCGGCUCGGCCGCUUCGCCGGCUGCCGGCCGGGGCUGGGCGCGGGCAGCGACGACGAGGCGGGAGCCGGCAGGAAGAAGGACGAGGAGCCGGGCGGCCAAGGCGGCUACAAAGGGGACAACGCGGCCGUGGCCUACGAGGCGGGAGACGGAGAGGAUCCGCGCAGGAGGAACAUCUUGAGGAGCCUCAGGAGGACCACCAAGAAGCCGAAGGCGACGCGGCCGUCGCUGUCCAAGGCGCCGUGGGAGAGCAGCUACUUCGGGGUGCCCCUGGCCAGCGUGGUCACCCCGGAGCGGCCGAUCCCGGUGUUCAUCGAGCGCUGCAUCCAGUACAUCGAGGCCACAGGGCUGAGCACGGAGGGGAUUUAUCGAGUCAGCGGCAACAAAUCGGAGAUGGAGAGUCUGCAGCGCCAGUUCGACCAGGACCACGGGCUGGACCUGGCCGAGAAGGAUUUCACGGUCAACGCCGUCGCCGGCGCCAUGAAAAGUUUCUUCUCGGAGCUGCCGGAGCCGCUGGUGCCCUACAGCAUGCAGCUGGAGCUGGUCGAGGCCCACAAGAUCAACGCGGAGCAGAAGCUGCUGGCGCUGCGGGAGGUGCUGCGGAAAUUCCCCCGCGAGAAUUACGAGGUUUUCAAAUACGUCAUCGCCCACCUCAACAGGGUCAGCCAACAGCACCGCGUCAACCUGAUGACCAGCGAGAACCUCUCCAUCUGCUUCUGGCCCACCUUGAUGCGGCCGGACUUCAGCACCAUGGACGCCUUGACGGCCACCAGGACCUACCAGACAAUCAUCGAACUCUUCAUCCACCAGUGCCCCUUCUUCUUCUCGCUGCGGCCGCCGCCGCCGCCGGGACACGCCGGCUUCUCCCGGUGCCGCUCCGGCCACCGUGGCCACCACCAUGGUCACCACCAUGACCACCACCGUGGCCACCACCACCAUGGUCACCACCACCACCGCGGUCACCACCACAGCCGGGCCCUUGGUGCCGCCGCUGUCGCCUCCUCGGACGCCGUCGCCGCCGCCGGAGCCGCUGGAGUGACCUCGGUGGAGACGCCCGCGGGGGGCGGGGCCCGGACGGACGGACGGACGGACGCCGUGGGGGAGGGGAGCUGCUGGGGAUGGUUGUCCCAGACUUUGGCCGGGCCGGACGGACGGACGGACGGACAGACGGACGGACGGAGAGCGAGGAGGGGCCUGGGAGGGGCUGCGAGAGGGUGAGGGGGGCGCCUGGUGGUGGCCUCAAGGUCCUGAAGGUCCUGGUGGUGGCCUCAAGGUCCUGAAGGUCCUGAAGGUCCUGGUGGUGUUCCAAGGUGGCCUGAAGGUCCUGAAGGUCCUGAAGGUCCUGGUGGGGGGCCAGGGUGGCCUGAAGGUCCUGAAGGUCCUGGUGGUGGCCUGAAGGUCCUGAAGGUCCUGGUGGUGUUCCAAGGUGGCCUGAAGGUCCUGAAGGUCCUGGUGGUGGCCUGAAGGUCCUGGUGGUGUUCCAAGGUGGCCUGAAGGUCCUGAAGGUCCUGGUGGUGUUCCAAGGUGGCCUGAAGGUCCUGGUGGGUGGGCCAGGGUGGCCUGAAGGUCAUUCAGGAUGGUUCAAGGUGGCCCAAGGGUCAUUCAUGGUGGCCUGAAGGUCCUUCAGGAUGGUUCAAGGUGGCCUGAGGGUCAUUCGUGGUGGUCCAAGAGUCAUUUGAGAUGGUCCAAGGUGGUCCUAAGGUGGCCUGAGGGUCAUUCAUGGUGGGCCCAGGUGGUCCAGGGUCAUCCAAGGUGGCCUGAGGGUCAUUCAAGAUGGUCCAAGGUGGUCCAAAGGUGGUCCAAGGGUCAUCCAAGGUGGCCUGAAGGUCAUUUGAGGUGGUCCAAGGUGGUCUAAAGGUCACCCAUGGUGGUCCAAGGUGGUCCAAGGUGGCCUGAAGGUCCUUCAGGAUGGUUCAAGGUGGCCUGAGGGUCAUUCGUGGUGGUCCAAGAGUCAUUUGAGAUGGUCCAAGGUGGUCCUAAGGUGGCCUGAGGGUCAUUCAUGGUGGGCCAAGGUGGUCCAAGGGUCAUUCAUGGUGGCCUGAAGGUCCUUCAGGAUGGUUCAAGGUGGCCCAAUGGUCAUCCAAGGUGGCCUGAAGGUCCUUCGGGAUGGUCCAAGGCGGUCUAAAGGUCACCCAUGGUGGUCCAAGGUGUUCCAAGGUGGCCUGAAGGUCAUUCAAGAUGGCCUAAGGUGGUCCAAGGGUCAUUCAAGGUGGUCAAGAGUGGCCUGAAGGUCAUUUGAGGUGGUCCAGGGUGGUCUAAAGGUCAACCAUGGUGGUCCAAACUGUUCCAAGGUGGCCUGAAGGUCAUUCAAGAUGGUCCAAGGUGGUCCAAGGGUCAUCCAAGGUGGGUCAGAGUGGUCCAAGGUGACCUGAAGGUCAUCCAAGGUGGCUUGAAGGUCAUCCACAGUGGUCCAAGGUGGUCCAAGGGUGAUCCAAGGUGGUCCAGGGUGGUCCAAGGGUCGUUCAAGAUGGUCCAAGGUGGUCUAAAGAUCAUCCAAGGUGGUCGAGGGUGGUCCAAGGUGGCCUGAAGGUCACCCAGAGCGGUCCAAGGUGGUCCAAGGCUCAUUUGGGGUGGUCCAGGGGUCAUUCAAGGUGGGCCAGAGUGGUCCAAGGUGGCCUGAAGGUUGUCCAAGGUGGUCCAGGGUGAUCCAAGGUGGCCUGAGGGUCA